UGCUCGGCGGCGCGCUGCGCUGACGUGGCGGGCGCCGUCAGGCGCCAGCUGGCGCUGGCGGUGCCCGCCCGCCUCCUGCUGCCGCCGCUGCUCGCGCACCUGGAUGCAGCGGCAGAGGCCGGCCCGGAGUCUGCCUGCGGCCUCCUGGGCCUGCUGGGCGCGGCGGUGGACGCCAUGGACGGCGCCGCGCUUUCCUCCCACUACGAAGCCGUGGCCGCGGCGCUGCUGCGGGCGCUGGACCUGCGCCGCCGCCGCCCUGCCGCCCUGCUGGCCGCCAGCGACGGCCUGGACCGAACAGAGGCAGCGGCAGUGGCCUGCUACGUGCGCCUGGCGCUGCGCCUGACAGAGGCACGCUUCAGGCCCCUCUUCCUGCGCCUGCUGGAGUGGGCGGACGCGGCGCCUGCGGCGGGGGAGCCAG